ACAGUUUCAAGUAGUUUGCAGAUACUUUGGGAGAAAGCAGAGCUGUGUCUAAGGGAUUCAGUUGAGGUCGGCCGCUUGGAAGAUUUCUUUAAUCUCUCUAUAUAUAUUUUACAUUAUCGUUUUAGUGAGUCAAAAAUGCAAAGCUGUGCAAAGUCAUGGGGGAUCCUAUUCGCCAAGUCUGUGAAUCCCCAUGCACCUUGCAGACACAUUAAUGGCAAAAGCCGUAUUUUUGGGAAACAACAGAAUAUAAUCCAAACACUUAAUAAUGCUUGUGUAACUGUACGGGGUCUACGGAUUUCUGCAGUCUAUGCUGCUUCUAGACAGAUAGACAGAAUACUGCCGAGACACGAUGAUUUUGCAGAGAGGCACAUUGGCCCAGGUGAAAGGGACAAAAGGGAGAUGCUGGAUGUGCUUGGACUUGAGUCGAUCGCGCAGUUGAUAGAAGAUACAGUUCCAGAAUCCAUCCGUAUUCAAAGAAGUAUGAAAAUGGAUGAUCCUCUCUGUGAGAAUGAAGUCUUGGAGCGUCUCCAAAAGAUUGCAUCAAAGAACAAGGUGUGGAGGUCUUACAUCGGAAUGGGCUACUACAACUGCUCCGUGCCUCCAGUUAUACAAAGAAACCUUCUAGAGAAUUCGGGAUGGGUGACUCAGUACACCCCCUAUCAGCCCGAGGUGGCUCAAGGUCGCCUGGAGAGUCUGCUCAACUACCAGACCAUGAUCUGUGACAUCACGGGCAUGGCUGUAGCCAAUGCCUCCCUGCUGGACGAGGCAACAGCUGCCGCCGAGGCCAUGCAACUCUGCCAUAGACAGAACAAGAGAAGGACGUUCUACAUUGACCCACGUUGCCAUCCUCAGACGAUCGCUGUAGUGCAGACAAGAGCCAACUACAUUGGGGUGAAGACAGUGCUGAAGCUGCCUCAUGAGAUGGACUUCAGUGGGAAGGAUGUGAGCGGGGUGCUGUUCCAGUACCCAGACACCGACGGCAGAGUGGAGGACUUAACCGCGCUGGUGGACCGCGCUCACAAGGGAGGGGCUCUGGCUUGCUGUGCCACUGACCUGCUGGCCCUGUGUGUGCUACGCCCCCCUGGAGAAUUUGGGGUGGACAUUGCCCUGGGCAGCUCCCAGAGGUUCGGGGUACCUCUCUGCUAUGGUGGUCCCCACGCUGCCUUCUUCUCUGUCAAAGAAAACCUGGUCAGGAUGAUGCCUGGCAGGAUGGUGGGAGUGACAAGGGAUGCCGCUGGUAAGGAGGUGUACCGCCUGGCCCUGCAGACCAGAGAGCAGCACAUCCGCAGAGACAAGGCCACAAGUAACAUCUGCACUGCGCAGGCUCUGCUGGCCAACAUGGCAGCCAUGUUUGGAGUGUAUCAUGGACCCCAGGGCUUAAAGCACAUUGCUGAGAGGACACACAAUGCUGCACUGAUCCUGGCUGAGGGUCUGAAGCGGGCCGGACACAGGCUGCACAGCGAGAUGUUCUUUGACACACUGAAGGUUGGCUGCAGUGUGGCAGCGAAGGACAUUCUGGCGAGGGCUGUCCAGAGAGAGAUCAACCUGCGUGUUUAUGGCGAGGGAGUGUUAGGCGUGUCUCUGGAUGAGACGGUGAAAGAGAGGGACUUGGACGAUCUGCUCUGGGUCUUUGGAUGUGAAUCCUCAGCGGAGCUCAUUGCUGAAAAGAUGGGUGAAAGGGUGAAAGGCAUUAUGGGUAGUCCUUUCAAGAGGACCAGCAAGUACCUCACCCACGCAGUCUUCAACAGUUACCACUCCGAGACCAACAUUGUGCGCUACAUGAAACGCCUGGAGAACAAGGACAUCUCUCUGGUUCACAGCAUGAUCCCACUGGGUUCCUGCACAAUGAAGCUGAACAGUUCUUCAGAGCUCAUGCCCAUCACCUGGAAUGAGUUUGCCAACCUUCACCCCUUUUGUCCCCUGGACCAGGCUGAGGGUUACCAGCAGCUCUUCAGGCAGCUGGAGAAGGACCUCUGUGAGGUGACUGGCUAUGACAAGAUCUCCUUCCAACCCAACAGUGGUGCUCAGGGAGAAUACGCUGGCCUCGCUGCCAUCAAAGCCUACCUGAACUCUAAAGGAGAUGCCCAUAGAACGGUUUGUCUGAUCCCCAAGUCAGCCCAUGGCACCAACCCAGCCAGUGCCCAGAUGGCUGGCAUGAAGGUGCAGGUGGUGGAGGUGGACAAGGAUGGCAACAUUGACAUGGCAAACCUCAAGGCACUGGUGGACAAACACAAGGCUAACCUGGCAGCCAUGAUGAUAACGUACCCCUCCACCUUUGGUGUGUUUGAGGAGAGCAUUGAUGAUGUGUGUAAUCUCAUCCACCAGAAUGGUGGACAGGUCUACCUGGACGGUGCUAAUAUGAACGCACAGGUGGGCUUGUGUCGUCCUGGUGACUACGGAUCUGACGUGUCUCACUUGAACCUACACAAGACCUUCUGUAUCCCCCACGGGGGUGGAGGACCAGGGAUGGGACCUAUCGGAGUGAAGGAGCACCUCGCCCCGUUCCUGCCCUGCCACCCAGUGGUCAGCAUGUCAGCAGGCAACAUGUCCAGCUCCCUGGGCACCAUCAGUGCUGCCCCCUGGGGCUCCAGUGCCAUUCUGCCCAUCUCUUGGGCUUACAUCAAGAUGAUGGGAGCCAAGGGUCUGGUUCAUGCCACAGAGGUGGCUAUCCUUAAUGCCAAUUACAUGGCCAAGAGAUUAGAGAGCCACUACAAGAUCCUCUUCAAAGGCAGGAAAGGUUUUUGUGCCCACGAGUUUAUUUUGGAUGUGAGGCCAUUCAAGAAGACCGCCAACAUUGAAGCGGUGGAUGUGGCAAAAAGGCUACAGGAUUAUGGUUUCCAUGCACCCACCAUGUCGUGGCCCGUGGCAGGAACCCUGAUGAUCGAGCCCACGGAGUCGGAGGACAAGGCAGAGAUGGACCGCUUCUGUGAUGCGUUGAUGGGAAUCAGACAGGAAAUAGCAGACAUUGAGGAAGGCAGAAUGGAUGCCCGUGUUAACCCACUGAAGAUGGCCCCUCACUCCCUGGCGAGCAUCACCUCCUCCACCUGGGACAGGCCAUACUCCAGGGAGUACGCUGCUUUCCCCCUGCCAUUUGUGAGGCCAGAGACCAAGUUCUGGCCAUCCAUCUCCAGGAUCGACGACAUAUACGGUGACCAGCACCUGGUCUGCACUUGCCCCCCUAUGGAUGUGUACGAGUCACCGUAUGAGGAGAAGAGAGCUUCCUCAUGACACUAACGCCUCUGUUAUACCAGCCCUCAUCAUUCAUCACACUUCCAAAUUCUGAAAGUCCAAGAGUUGUGUAUCUUUUUUCUGUAUUUCCGUGAUGUACCCUUGGUGCCUCAACUCUGUCUAUAUUCUAUGUUGUACAAAUAGUUGCCUUGACUCUUCCUUUCUCGCUGUUUUAUUCUCUAAAGUCCAGGAUCGGCCCAAAAAACGUAUAUCUCUGUAGGGUUGUUGUUUAUUUGCCAUCUGUUUCGUAAAUGUGUAUUUUGAGACUUGUUUACCUAAUUACUUAUACUAAUGUUAGUCUUGAUGUUAAUACUUUAUGGGGAUAAAGAAAGUUAAUCAUCUUUUAAUGACCUGUUAGGGAAAAAUAGUUGUAAUAAACAUUGAUUGUCUGGA